UGUUAGUGUUAUUACGUUUCAUCUUUUUUUGUUUUGGUGUCGUUUUCAACUGUUCGCUCGUCAUUCAUGUGAAACCCGGUAGAAUAUAUUAAUUUUACUUAUAAAAAUAAUUUUUUCAAUGAAGACCCCAAGUGGUAUAAAGGAGAAGUCGGUAGUUCCUAUGUUGUUAAAUGAGCUUUAUAUAACUAAUGCUGAAUUUCAAGGAUGUUUUAUAAAAAUAUGGGCAUGUUUUUAUUCAAAAAAGAGAACAAAUUUAGAAAAAGUUGUACAGACCUAUAGAAAUUAUUCAAAGGAAUUCAAUAAAUUAGAUUUACUUGGGAAUACAUUGUACAUAUACAUUUGGAAAGCUAAAUAUGAAGAAAGAGUGUACAGAUGUCAAGUGUUAAAUUCAGAUUUAGUAUCAAAAACUCUUACUAUAAUGCUGAUAGAUUAUGGCCGAACAAUGGUGGUUCCAUGUAAUAAUGUUAGAGAGGUCACUAUGGAUACCUCAGAUCCGCAGCUUUUAAAUACUCUGUAUCAAAAAACUGCAGUUCAUACAUUUUUGUUAAGUACAUUCAUAAGUAAACGUAAAUCUGUCAAAGAAUUAAAUGAUAUUCUGAGUGAUAAAUAUUACAAAUUUCAAAAAGAUUUUGAGGUUGGUGGUAUUACAUUUGUGACAAUAUAUGACAUUGACAAGAAGUUGAUUGAAAGUGGCUUGGCAGAUACUAUUGAUAUAGCAAUUAUGAGCUCCAUUGCUAAUAGUAUGUCUUCAGUGAUUACAUUAAACAAUAAAAAUGAUCUGUUAAAUAGUUACACUCUUCCAUGGAAAGAAUCAACAUUAAGCUUAAAUCUAAGACAUCAAAAAUUAGAUUAUGUUACUUUAAUAGACGUAGCUAUUUCAAGAGUUUCUUUACAAAAUGAUGUAGUUCUUUUAACAGUCAGAAUACUAGAUACAGAUUCUAGAAUUUUAAAAAGUUUAUUAGAUUCAAUAGACAGACAGAGUUUAAAAUUGGUAUCCAUUGUAGAUGUACAUACUCCUUGUUUGAUUAUUAUUAAUAAUGAAUUGGUUAGAGCCAUAAUUUUAGAAGUUAAAAUUGAAACACUUUAUAUAGAUCUAGUUGAUUAUGGACUAAAGACAUAUGUACCUAGAACAGCAGUUUUUGAAAUACCAUCCAAUUGCAGUUUAAUUGAAAUGCGAUCAAUGAACGUGAUAUUAGAUAAAUCAAAUUACACCAAUUUAGAAAGCAUGUUAAAUCAAAAAUAUUUUCAAAUGUUACCAUUGAAAAUGGAUCCUAGUUUUGGCCUGUAUAAAGUGAAAUUAUUUGAACAACAAAGUGAUGAUUUUAUUGAUUUAUAUGAUUCAUUAAAUAAUAUUUUUAUGGGAACUGAUGAUCAAUGCUCAAUACCAUACAGCAAAUUAACAGCAUUUUCAAUAACUGAAUUAAAUAAUGAUCCAAAUGAAAAUGGAGUUCAGAAAGCAAAAGAAACAGAACAUUUAUAUUUAAAAGUAAAUGAAAACAUAGAAAUCAAAGAAAAAAAACAAAAUAAUCAAAAUGUAAAUGGAAUUCAGAAAGGAAAAGAAGAAUUAAUAAUGAAAGAAAAAGAACAAAAGAAUUUAAUUCCAAUAAUGUAUUUAAGCCGAGAAAGUAUGAAAAAUGGUCUAGAAAUUAUUGCUUCAUUGAUUAAUUAUAAAUCACCAUUAAAUUUUCGUGUGAGACAAUAUAACUCAAAUUUUGAUAUAUAUUUGAACAAAAUCAAGUCAAAUUUGAAUUUACGUCAUGUUUUAAGUAAAUAUGAUCUUGUCAAAAAUAUGUAUGUAAUUUUUCAAAAUUCAUCAGAUAGUAUGAUACACCGUGCUCAAAUUAUUGACAUGGAUUCAGGAAUUGAAAAAAUUAAAUUAUUAUUAGUUGAUGAAGGAAAUGAAGUGAUAAAUGAAAUGUUCAACAACAUAAUUUUGUACAAUUUCAUUGAAAGUGAUUGUAAUUUUCCGGCACAAUUAGUAUUAGACUGUUCAUUAAAUAAUAUGUGGUUUCCUUCUAUGAGUGUUGAUACUUCAAUAAUGUUGCAACCAUACUUUGACAAAAAGCAACUUUAUAAGGUUUUAAUUAUUAAAUCGGAUGAGUCUGGUACACAAUUUGUACAAAUGAUUCAAAAAGAUACCAAUAUUGAUCUUUCUGAAAUUAUACUGGAGUCUGGAAUUGGUCAACGCUUAUGUGCUGCAAUAAAAACAGAUGAAAAUCCAUACGAAGAAAGUCUAUUAAAAAGCCAAAGUUUUCUCUCAUAUGUAUUAGAUUAUCAUUUUCAACUAUGCAUUCAACCUGAACCAAAUACUGUUGAUGAAUUAGAAGAAGAAAUAUUAUUGCAUAUAAAUAAUGAUACGAAUCUUGAUUUUAAUAACUUGCAACAAGAUUCAUUUUGUUUGGCAACAGUUAAUAAUAAUCAGUGGUACAGAGCCUUAAUAAUAAGUAUAAAUAAAUCUGCCAUAGUGAAUUUGUUUGAUAUUGGUUUAAUGACUGAGGUGUCUUUAAAACAAAUUCGACCAAUCACAAAUGAUUUAAUGAGAAAACCUCAGCUUUGCUUGUCUUGCCAUUUAGAAUAUAAAGAAUUAGAUAUGAAAAUUGUUGAAAAAAAAUUAUAUAAUGUAACUGUUAAAUCAAUUGACACCAAUGGAAAAUUAUGGGUAUCCAUUAAAGAACAUCAUUCUACGCCACUUUCCAAUCCAAUUGUUCGUGGAAUUGAACUCAUAUCAUUUGUGCAUGUUGAUGGUGACUUAACUUAUUUGCAAAGAUCUCAAGAUAAAUUAAAAAUUGAAAAAAUGUCUGAAACCUUAUCAAAAUUUAAUGAAGAAGUGGAAAAUAAACAAUCUGUAGUACCUGGAGAUAUUUGUUUCUUUGAAAGUCAUGGGAAAUAUUACAGAUGUUGGGUUGAAUCAAUAUUUUCCAAAAUGGCUGUUGUACAUUGCAUUGAUUUUGGAUAUGAAAAGCAAGUCGAAAUGAAAAAAUUAAAAUGUUUAAAACAAUCUAAAAUUGCAUUGGUACCUGCACUUCUCAUUACUGUUAAAACAUUUCCUAUGGCAUCUAAUAUGUCUCAAACAAUGUUCUUAGCCAAUAUGUCUGUGGAAGAUGAUGGAACACUUAUUGCUAUGCCAAACAAAAUGACUUCAAUUCAUACUCAAGAAAAAUUAAUGGAAACACUUAAAAAUGGAUGUUUAGUAAAAGUUACGUGUGUUAAUUCAAUCAAUGACUGUUGGAUUGUUCCUCAUUUGUAUUUUGGUACACUGGAGACCAUCAGUAACUCACUUGUUCAAAUGCAGUCAAAAAUAAUACCAGUAGUGACAGAAGUUGGUUCAUUGUGUGCUGCUUUGCAUUCAAAAACUAAAGAGUGGUGUAGAGCUCUAAUAUUAGAUAAAGACAGUGAAACUGGAAAUAUGUUAUCAAUUGAUUCUGGUGAACGAUUCAACGCUUUGAAAACUACUAGAUUGGUUAGUCAAAUUCAAAAUAUACCAAAUUGUGCCUUGCGUUGUUGUGUGGUGUCCAAUGUAAAUAUUAAAAAACUUCUCAACAAAAAUGUUAGAUGUAAGCUGAUAUCAUGUACUCAACCGUUACUUGAAGUGGAAUUGUUUUCAGAGGAUUUAGAUGAAACUGAAAUUUCUUCAACAAUAUCAGUUAAAGAGUGGACAGUAAUUGUUAAACAGUUUGAAUCAUUUGAUACAUUUUAUGUUCAGAAAAUCGAUGAAAAUGUUUGUUUAAAUGAUGCAAAUAUAAAUAAUGAUUUGACUUCAGUUGCUGAUAAAUUAGAAGAUUUUUCUCAACAGCCACCUGCAGGUACAAUAGUAGCAGCAUUAACAGAUAGAGAAGAUGGUGUAUGGUAUCAGGCUGAAGUGUUAACUGAUAAUGAUAAUACAAAUAUAAUUGUUAGAUUACUUAUUGAUGGUAGUAUUUGUAAAUCAAUAAAAAUUAAAGUUCUUCCUGCCAACUUAUCAAAUGAAAAUGUAUAUUAUAAAUGUUGCAUAGAAGAAAUUGUAGAUUCAGACCUCAAUGAUCCCAUAUACUUACCUAUUAUCUCAGAUGUUAUGAAGAUGUCUAAGUGGAAAAUGAAAACUUCCAGUGUCAAAGAACCGUAUAAAGUGUCUUUGACAUGUGACGACAAAAAUUGUAUUGAUAUUAUUUAUAGCGUUUUAAUUUCUGAAAGUUGUAAAUCUGAAAAUAAUGAGUUAUUAAUAGAAGAAAUCAAUAUUGAAGAAAAUGUCAAAUGCAAUACUAUGCUCAUACAUAAGUCCUUUAAUCCAGCUUCAGAAUAUUUAAAGACUAACUUAACUGAAAAAAACUAUAGUGAUAAUGGUUUAAUUAUACCUGAUAUUGAAACUGUACUUGUUAAGUAUAUUCUUUCUUUCAGAUAUUUUCAUGUUUUUUCAGAAAGUUUAUCAAUGUUAUAUAUGCAUCGGAUCACCAAUGAUUUGGAUGUAAGUAUAGUUGAAUUGACGAUGAAUCAGGAUUUGAUUGGGUCCAUUGUGGUUACUUUCAGCCGUAAUUUAAAUUGUUGGUGUAGAGCCAAAGUAGAUAAAAUCCUUCAGGAUAGAAUCAGUGCUUAUUGUUAUUUGGUGGACUUUGGCACCUUUGAAGAUUGUAUGCUAUUCUAUAAACCUACCGAUUUCUUAUGCAUGUGCCCUCCUUUAGUGAGACGUUGUUCAUUGUAUACACCAAUGCUGGAUGGCAAAGAGAACGAAAUUUGGUUUUCCGACAUAAAUGAUAUGUUUAGAGAUAUUAUAAACAUAGAUGGUAUUAAAUUUGACAUGAAUAUUAAAGUAAACGGUGAUCCUUGUAUGGUUUCAUUACAGUUGGGGAACAUUGAUGUUGCCGAAAUGUUAAAUCCUAUGAAUGUUCAACUGUCAUAUGUUAAAUCAUUGACUGACUUCAAGGUUACUGCUAUAUCUGAUGAACAAAGAGCUUUGGUAAAAUUGUUAAAAAGCAAAAAUAUUGGUUCUAUGAUAUUUGAAGAAAACCCUUUAGUUGACAAUAUGUACCUUGCUAUAAUUGAAUCUACCAUAAAACGUGUGAAAUACAGUACAUUGAGUGGUACAAAGUUUUUAGUCAUUGACAUAGACGAUACAUUAGAUGUCUUAUCAGUCGAUAGUUUAUAUAAAUUACCUGAAACAAUACGUAACUGUCCCAUCUUUACAAUGUCCUGUUCAUUGAUAAUUAAGGAUAAAAUAGAAAAUUAUUCAUUAAGUAAAUUUCAGAAAUUAGCAGACACAAAAUGUAUCUUUAUUAUGUGCAUAAUUAUAGAGAAUAACGGUAUAACUAAUAAUCUCGUUAAACUCUAUUUAAACCACAAGGAUGUGCUUGAUUAUAUAAAAAUAUAGUAAAAAAUAUUAGAAAUUUAACAAUUUCUUU